GCGACAUAUUAUUGAGAGUUUUAUGUUGAGGAUAAAGCAAAACAUUGCAAAGCAGCCAAGCCAGAGUUGCCAUGGCCAAACUCUGAUAACACAAUGCUGGUUGAGCUUGCAGGAAUCACUGGAGCCAUCCUGUUGAAGCACGCUGUAUUGCGGCGAUUGCUUUGCUGCUGUUCCUCCCAAGCUCGGCUCAGAUACAGAUACAGAUACAAACGGUUUUCUAAGAGUUACUGCACGAAGGUCCGAGACCUUAACGAGAAGGAACAGCAGGAGGUGGUGAAUCGUUUGAUGCUCUUUGUGGCACCAUCCACAAUGGUUGUCCUCAGUGUUGCGUCCCUGUACAGCAGUGACGCUUUCCAGGACCCACAGAGCCGCUGGGCAAGCUCAGAUGGGCCAACCACAGCAGGUGAGUGGGCUGGGCUUAUCCUGGCGAGUUUCAUGAUUUACGAGCUUGUGCUCUAUGCUGCAUACGGAAAGGGACUCGCCUUUUGGGUGCAUCACGUAGUAGCCUUAACGAUCUCUUUGAAUUGGCUAGUGCUGAGAAUAGGGACCUUCUGGGGUUGUGUUGUGCUCCUGACUGAAGCUACAACUCCUUGCCUCGUGGGGACACGAAUGAUGAAGGAUUCUGGCUGGACGAAAGAGCCGGUCUACAAGUUGUGCGUUGCAUGCUUUUGGCUUUGCUGGCUUGCUGUUCGGAUCGCUUGGCUGCUGGCUAUGCUCUCACUCUUCUGUCGAGAUCUUUUAUUUGGACUGCCAGAACACGUGCCUCUAUAUUUCGUUGCAGUGAACGGGCUGUCAGUACUAGGGCUGUUGGUCCUGAGUUGCGUUUGGUUCGUGCCCAUAACUCGUAUAUUCUACCAAGUAAUGACCGGGAAAUCCCGACAACGAUGAACUUGGGAGAAAAAGCCGC